UGGUUCGUGGGGGUUGUUCUCUUCAACACUUUUCAUAAAACAAGUUGUUAGGGUUUUUGAUUACAGAGAGAGAGAGAGAGAGAGAGAAAUGGAAAGCAUAACGGAGGGAGUGAACAACAUCAACAUCUCCGAUUCAUACAAGAAAAAUCGCAUUCAAGUCUCUAACACGAAGAAGCCCCUCUUCUUCUACGUUAAUCUCGCCAAGAGAUAUAUGCAACAGCAUAAUGAGGUCGAACUCUCAGCGCUAGGAAUGGCUAUUGCCACCGUGGUAACUGUUACUGAAAUUUUGAAAAACAAUGGACUUGCUGUUGAAAAGAAAAUCAUGACAUCAACUGUGGACAUAAAGGAUGAUUCUAGAGGUAGACCAGUCCAAAAGGCCAAGAUCGAAAUAGUUCUUGGGAAGACAGCAAACUUCGAUGAAUUGAUGGCUGCUGCGGUUGCUGAAGAUGGUGAAAAUGGAGAUAUUGAAGAACAGAGCGCAUGAAGUUCUUCAAAAUUACAUUAGAAUCUGUUGAAGAUAUGUACCUUUUAGUGAUUUGCAUUUUUGUUGUUGCGAGGUAGAGGACAUGUCAUUAUUAUAAACUGACCUGCAAUAUUGAACUACAAAAUUCCUUUGUUUCUUUCUCUAUAAAAUGGGUUUUUCUUGUUAGUUAGGGUCAUACAAUGUCUAAUGUUCCAAAAAUUUGUGACAAUCUUUGUUUCAAUUAC